AUGUUCAAGGUAGUAAUACGAUCGUACUCGAAGGGUAGAGGCCGUACUCCUAACAGGGGGACAAUUUUAAGAACCAAAAAUGGGAAAAAAUUGGAAGCACCUGCAUCUUCUACAGUACCAAAGUAUGCGUCAAAGCUUAGUGGUUCCAAGAGUGAGACCAGGGCAGGAACUAAGUCUGGAGGCAGCACUUUGCCCUUCCUGUUUGGCCAUUUUUCAGGGUUGAAAACACCAACCAACAACGAGAAGCUCUCAUCGUCCAAAAUCAUCGAAAAGGUUACUGAUUUUGAAGAAUUAAGAAUCUUCCCUACCGUCAGGCUCUCGAUGAAAGAGGAAAUCAAGUUUGGUUACAAUAUGAAGAAUACGUAUAUGCAGGAUAAGUCCGAGCUUAACUUAAAGCCAUCACCGGUGCAAGUUGCAGCAAUCAAGAAGUUGCUACAACCAAGGCUAGCCAAUUUGAAGAAGAAGGACGAGAGAGAUAUUAGCUCAAGGAACAAUAAUAGGAAGUCAAAUUCCGAGGAUAAUGAAAAUGAAGACGAUAUGGGUAGCCAAUCGAUCAAGAUUCUCAAUGACUUGGCAAUUGAAAAUGAAAAAAGUAAGUUGAAAGUUUUCACCAUUGCUGCAGAAACUGGUUCAGGAAAGACUUGGUCCUACCUUGCGCCAUUACUUUCCAAUUUGAAAGAAGAGGAAUUAGAACUAUUCAACAGAAGUAAAGAGGAAUAUUUUAACUAUAAGCUGCUGCCAAUAAUACGGUCCUUGAUUUUACUUCCAACUCAUGAAUUGGUUGAACAAGUUUACGAUACAGUUUCUAGAGCUGCUACUAUUAGAAUUGACGGUGAACAGAAGGAAAAAAUCAAGCUGAAGAUUCUUGAAGAUCCUAUCUACAAAGAGUUUUUGUCAUUAGACGAACAAAGAACUUCACUUAACUUGAAUGUGGUUAAAUGGGGUGCUGGUGAACCUCAUCGCAACCUCGUUGAUGCUGUGAAGACAGGAAGGGUCGACGUCUUGGUUACUACCCCUCUGAAAUUGCUUUCGUUGUCUAAUAUGAAAAAUAUGGGAAGUAAUCCGUUUAAGAUCUUGAGUCAAGUAACUCACUGUGUUGUUGAUGAAGCAGAUACCUUGAUGGACAAUUCAUGGGUUUUAGACACUUCUGCAGUUAUAAGGAAAAUUCCUAAAUGUAGAGACUUAGUAUUCUGCUCAGCUACCAUCCCCAAGGAAUUCAAUCGGACUUUAUCUAAGAUGUUCCCCGGUGAACACUCCUUGAUCAAUGUAGUAACUCCGUCAUUGCAUAAGAUUCCAAAACUGAUUCAUUUGAAGAUCAUCGAUGCAGAAUUGUCCCCAUACAACGGCUCCAAAACAAGAUGCCUUGCGCAAGCGUUGUAUGCGAUUCACAAGGAUGGAACUGAAGCGGGAUUCAUCAAGAGAAUAUUGGUGUUUGUAAAUCAAUCGAAAGACGUAGAGCCACUACGUGAGGCGUUAGUCAAGAAAUAUGGACAACGUGAAGAAGAUAUAAUUGGUAUAACUGGUAAGGAUUCGCCCAAGGAGAGAUUGGAAAAGAUUUCACCGUUUCUUCAGCCCGCCGAACUCCUUUCGACUGGAAACUCAGGAGACAAAAUUAAGGUUCUUAUUGCAACGGAUUUGUUAGCCAGAGGCUUAAACUUCAAUGGAAUUAAGAACGUCAUAUUGAUGGAUUUACCAAACACUUCGGUAGACUUGGUCCACAGAGUUGGAAGAACUGGAAGAAUGAGACAAUCAGGAAGGGUCUUCGUAAUUAUUAAUAAGAAAUCGGGAAAAAGUUGGAUCAAGGGUUUACCAAAGGUAAUUAAGAAAGGUAUUCCCUUAGGUUAA